AGUUGUGUAUCAGCAUCUGGCAUGUCCCUUGAUGGAGGGAGGGACAAUCACCCGUAUUAGCCUGCUUCUGGCACUUGUACAGCCCGGAAUAUCCCUGGUAAAUUUGUCGCUGAGACGCCAAACUGCUUCGUCAGAUUUUCGAGAGGGAAAGGGGCCUUCUAGUUUAGUUGUUGACGGAAACAAUUCCGACAAGUUGAAUGAUCCCAAUAAUUCCUCCAUUCCACAAUGCCUCUACACUAAAAAAGGUCAGAAAACGGCCUUCUGGCAGGUCGACCUGGACCAAACAGUCGUACUGGAUCACGUGGAAGUCAUCUUUAGGAAAGGAGGACCUGAUGGACAGCAUACACAUCAAAAACGUCGGAACGGCUACUCCAUCAUUGUGUCAAGGUCGUCUACAUACCUACCCAUGACACCUAACAACACCUGUUAUAGUGAUACGGACCCUAGAUCGGAGUGCCAGAAACAACGAAACCCAGUGGUGUAGUAACAUAGGCAGUUAUGUCACUUUCUACAACCAAAGGAAUACCCUCUCGGGGAAACCUAUAGUUCGAAUGCUGUUCUGGAAUUAUGUGAGGUCAUGGUCAUGGGUUGUCCAAUACACAAACAUGGAGAUAACUGUAUGGAAAACUGCCCUCAAAACUGUUACGAAAAUAUGUGUUUCCCUAGAAAUGGAACUUGUAUGAAAGGUUGUCUGCCGGGUUACAAAGGAUCUACAUGUCAAGAGGAGUGUCCUGACUACCACUACGGAGCUCGCUGUGCUAGUGAAUGUAACUGUAAGGAAGGGCCGUGUAAUGUCAGGUCUGGUAUGUGUCCCCCGGGAGGAUGUGAACCUGGGUACAAAGGAUUAGAAUGCAGUAAAGAGUGUGAAGAUGGCGAAUAUGGUGACAACUGUAGAAACACAUGUGGUCAUUGUUCCUCAGGACAACUCACGUGUGACCACAGUAAUGGAACAUGUAAAGAUGGCUGUGAACCUGGGUACAAGAUCGACAAGUGUAGUGAAGUUUGUGACUCAGGGAAAUUUGGACGGCAUUGUACAAAUACGUGUGGCAGUUGCCUAAAUGGGGCGGCUUGUCAUCACAUCAACGGCACGUGUCUGACCGGAUGUGAUCCUGGUAAGAAGGGAGACGACUGUAAAACAGACUGUUCUCCUGGUGAAUAUGGUCCAAACUGUGAGAACAAGUGUGGUAACUGUGAACAUGGUACCCUUGCAUGUAAUAGAACUGACGGAUCGUGUCCAAAUGGAUGUUUGGCAGGAUGGCAGGCACCACAGUGCAAGAACGUUUGUCAACACGGCUGGUAUGGACAGAACUGUGCUGAAAAGUGUGGGAACUGUCGAAAUGGACAUACCUGCAACAACACCAUUGGGACUUGUGAGGAUGGUUGUAGCCCUGGUUGGAAGGAUUCUAUGUGUAAACAGGAAUGUUCCGCGAGAUGGUAUGGCAACGCCUGUCAAGAGAAGUGUGGUAACUGUGCAGGAGGAAGGAAUUGUCAUCACGUCCACGGCACAUGUCCCGAAGAUGGAGAAUCUCAUCGGUGUGAUCCAGGCAUGAAAGGAGAUAAAUGCAAAACUGAUUGCAGUAACACUGAGUAUGGGCCUGACUGUAGCCAGGUGUGUGGACGAUGUUUUAACUCUUCAUGCGAAUCGGUGUCUGGUAACUGUACUGGAGGGUGUCUGUACGGAUGGACAGGUAUUCAGUGCGUCGAAGAGCUUAUUGCUCCCGAACCGACGAUCCCAUCAGCUGUCAUCGCCACUGCAUGUAUCGUAGGUACAAUACUACUACUGGUUGUCCUGGUUGUUGUCCUGGUUGUCGUCAUAAAAAAGAGAAGACUACACCAACAACACCCACGGAAGGAUGCGAGCAAGAAUCUGGAGAUAGGUGUCAUGUAUGAAAACAUGGCAGCUGACACACACAUGGAUACAGAACCGAAUGAAGGCGACCAGAGAAUGUAUGACAUCGUGGCGGCAGACACACACAUGGUUUCGGAAUUAAAUCAUAACAGUCAGAUGAUGUAUGAAAACGUCGGUAAUGUCAGUCGGAGCGUUCAACCACAAAGUGGUGUGAUGACACAAAAUCUUCUACAUGAAAUCGCAAGAAAGGAGGAAUCGAACGAGUUUGAAAAGGAUUUUAAAGAUUUACCGGCUGGCUGUCAGUUCCCAUGUGAAGAGGCAACCAAGGCUGCAAACAAAGCCAAAAACAGAUACAAGACCACAUUCCCAUACGAUCAUUCCAGGGUGCAGCUGAGUGGAAGUCAACGUUACAUCAAUGCCAACUUUAUCAAGAACCUAGAGAAGACAAACGCGUAUGUGGCAACACAAGGUCCGAAAGCUAAUACUAUUGGCGACUUCUGGAAAAUGGUUUGGCAGCUGGAGACGGGAAGGAUAGUGAUGCUGGCACAAUGCGUUGAACAGGGAAAGCCCAAAGUGGAAAAAUACUGGCCUGAUAGUGGUGAUUCAAUUGAACAAGGUGGCAUGAAGAUAAGUUUUAUAUCUUCAAAACAAUGUGCAGCAUUCGUCGUUCGGAAGUUCAGAAUAGAAAACAAAUAUGCGGAUGAGACGAGAGUAAUCAGCCAGUUCCAUUUCACUAAGUGGCCGGACCACGGGACACCUGACGUCAUGCAUUUUGCGCUCCUUCUGCUGCAUGUGAAUUCCACCAAUUCUAAGAUGUCCGGACCAAUGAUUGUACACUGCAGCGCUGGUGUAGGACGGACAGGGACGUUCAUUGCACUAGAUGUCUUGUUCAAAAACGGGAAACUGACGGGUAGGGUUGACCCACCUUCAUACGUACAGAGCAUGAGGGAGGAUAGAAUGGAUAUGGUGCAGACAAAAUCACAGUACGUGUUUAUAUACCGGGCUUUGGUGGAGCUUUUCUUCAUCGACAACACAUAUCUAGACAUCAAUGAUUUCAGUUCUGAAUGCCUAAAUCCAUCACACCUCCGUCGGGAAUACAAGAGACUCAAUGCCGAGCGUCCAACCAUACCAAAAGACCAACUCUCGGAUGGGCUGAUGCAAAAGAACCAGAGUAAAAACAGGGACCAAAACAUAUUGCCAGGUCGCCUACACCGUCCUCUUUUGUCGUCACAUCCUGCCAACAAGACGAACUAUAUCAACGCCGUGUUCCUUCCGAGCGUUCAGAACUAUGAGGGAUACAUAGCUACACAGUGGCCUCUCCUGGAAACUGCUGAUGACUUCUGGGCGAUGAUAUACGACUACCAUACUACUGUUAUAGUCAUUCUGGACAGCGAUACUGACGUCAAUGAUCCAGACCUGUUACCAUCACAGGAGGACUCUGAGGUAACAGCAGGGAAUUUUUAUGUACAGGCUUCGAGUGGCCCUUGUACAGAAGGUUCCGUCUCCAUCGCAGAAGUCUAUCUUUCUAAAGUGGGGGAUGAUAGCUCCUACAAAAUUAAGAUAUUCAGAAUGUGUGACUGGCCCCAUGACGACGAGCAAACAUGUGAGGAGGGCAGCGUUAUGCGAAUGGUGUAUGCCUCCCAGGAAUGUCGGAGAAACACCAGUACCAGUGGUCCCAUUACCGUUGUCUGCAGAAACGGGUCCUCAAAAUGUGGAAUAUUUUGCACAGUGGCCAAUGCCAUAGAAAACAUCAACCUCAACCAGAGGACAAGCCUGAUUCAGGUGGUGAGACAGCUCCAGCUUCGACGCCCGUCUUUUAUUGGCACUUAUGAAAGCUACGUCAUAUGCAACCGAGAAGUGAAGGCCCAUUUCGACUCCUUGUCAGAAUAUCAAAACUACGAACAACCAUCCACAAAUUGAAAUCUAGAAAAGACCAAACAUUUUAUUCGCACGUUUUAAGAUGAUUUCGUAUCAACCACAGAUAUCGAUGAAUACGCAUACAACGGGUUGAAAAGGUUUGAAAAGAUCUCGUCUUUGUCAAUGCCGUGCUUUCUUAUUAGAUAAAACAACAGAUCUUUUAAAUACAAAUUGAUUCAAUGUCGUACAACAUAGAGAUCUAAAGCCAUAUAUAUCGUAAUAUACAGUAGAACUUGUCUAAAAAUCCUACUGAAUGAUGAAAAGAAAAAUGGCCUUUAUAGUUUACGUUCGAGAAGAAGUGACCUUCAUUAUAAAAAUAUAUCAAGGUUGUCUGUGCAAUAGUCCAGAAUAUGACACGAGGUACUGGUAAUCGACCGAUGUUCUAUGGCACGAUGUCGAAUUGCACAGAUAUACUAUAUUUUAUAUAAUCUCUAUAUAUUUAUACAUGAUAUACAUGUACUUGUUUUAUUACAUAAUUCACUAAAACACACAUAGAAUCAUUGAAGUCUCGACUUUUCUGUAGACCUAGGAGUCGCCAUGACUGUCGUCUGGCAGUGUUGUCAUCUGAGUCACUUAGACGCUUGAAAGGAUAGGACUAAAAUUCCUAAACAAUAUGGGUGUUCAAUAGUUCGCACAUGACCGUGAAAUAGUUCAAAAUAUAGCUAAUGUGUAUAGUUAAGGAAAACGCUUUAUGUGAUACAGAUAUAUGUUGUAUGGAUUAACAUUAAGAAACGCUAGACAGUACAGCUUAUAUUACCACACGAUUGAAUGUAAUCCAGCACGAAGGCGGCAUGAUGUCAUGUUUGUUUUGGCACAGAGUACGAGUUUUAUUAAACUGCGAUGUCAACAACGAGAACAAUAUAAUCAAAUCCGUAUUAUUCUGAUUUGAAGUAAGUUUUGUUUGAAUUAAGAGGUUAGUUGCUCACGAUAUAAUAUCGUGUAUACAAGCAAUAUUGGAUCAUACCUGGGUAUCGUAUCAAAUGAACAAAUAUUGGGGUUUAGUUGUUUGAUUUGACAUUACAUUUAUCAAAUAAAUGUCAUACGAGUGUUCUUUAGAUACCGGCCAUAUAUAUGUCAAAGUGUUCUGACGAGUCAAUGUACAGGUAUAUCGUGACUGAUGAGAAUAAUAAAUUCUAGAGAGUUCUCAAACUAUUACUAUAAAUGAUGGUUGAUGUAUAACAGAAAAGAAUAGUCACAAACGAUAUAAAGUUGUUGAGAAGUGAAUUGAAAAUUGUUCAGUUUUGUAAUGAAGUUUGACGCUAUUUUACUUUUGUGCUUAAUUUGAUCAUAUGUUAUUAUGUAAUGUCUCAGUUGUUGUAUUGUACUUUGUAAACUUUAAAACUAUUUUAAAAGGAUGGCAGAUUAAUGUGUUAUAAGUGCGUACUAGUCUUAAAAAAUGCCGAUAGUUUGCGGUAGUCGUCAAUCAUGAUAGUUGACAUUUAUCAGGAAUAAAUUAAACAACAGCAUUAUGCAUAUGUAAUUUAAUUUGUUUAGGUCACCUGACACAAAGUUACGAGUGACCUAAAGAGAAAAUCGCCUUUUGUUCUUCGUCGUGCGUCGGGCGUCCGUAAACAUUUUACAUGUUCGACUUCUCAGAAACCCCUGAACCAGUUUUAAUCAAAUGCGGAAACCUUCCACGGCCAAAGGUCAACUAAAAUUGUGAAUUAGGACUGAGGGGUGGGAUCAAAAGAAGUCAAAUUAACUGAAAUCUCACAAAUCUUCUCAAACCCCAAUAAGGUGGAAUAAAAUACUCUUCAUAGAUGGAAUGGUCUUGAGGUACUUUACAAAAAUCGUGAAUUUCAUGGAGUCUCAUGUUUGCCCUUGGGGAAGAGGCAAAGUUUACGUUUGUUUUGUUUUUGUUUAACGUUCCAUUAACAGCCAGGGUCAUUUAAGGACGUGCCAGGUUUUGGAGAUGGAAGGGGGAAAAAACCGGGCUACGGUCAGUACCUGCCCCACGCUGGUUUCGAACUCGCCAACCAGAGGUGGAGGGCUAUUGAUAAAGUAUCGGGACACCUUAACCACUCGGCCACCGUGGUUUUAUUUAUUUAUUUAUUUAUUUAUUUAACGUAGUUUAUAUAAGGAAGUAUUAUUUUUAACUAUCAUUUGUUGGUUUCUCUUGGGAAGAAUUUGUAGUUUUGGAAGGCCCGACUAACCCCAAGGGCUGGUAGGCGGGAUCGAAUUGACAGAAAUAUUACAAAAGUCAGGUGACCGUUAAGGCCCAUCAGCUUCUUGCGACAACAAAAAAAAGCAUAUGUACGAUGUAUUGUUCUAUUCGUUGUCGUUGAAUUGUUAUAUGAAAAUGUACAUGUAUUUAUAUGAAAUUACAUUUUACGUUCUUUUUAAAAAUGUACUUGUAAAUAUAUAAUAGUAUUACUCUCAAAAUUGUACCAACCAGUAUUAUACGAUGAACCUAACACUGCAAUGAUGACAUAAAUGCCCAACCAUAUUUUUUUUACUAAGUUUGUCCACCGCACUUUUAAAGAACAUAAUUUGUUUUUUCAAUCCUUAUUUACAUGUAAUUCGAAAGAGUGACACGAUUCACAAAUAUACACGUGUACCUAAUGAAAUACAAAAUUAAUGAAAAUAUGAAAUUUAUUGAUAAUGAUCAAGUUUAUUGAAUUUUGGUCUUUUUUCGUAUCUCCCCUUCCAGGUUUUUGGUAUCUCUCCCAUGCUAUUGUCCUACCAGUAGACGGAAGUUGACAUGUGAUUGUCAUACCAGUAGAUAAAAGUUGACGUGUGAUUGUCAUACCAGUAGAUAAAAGUUGACGUGUGAUUGUCAUACCAGUAGAUAAAAUUUCAUGUGAUUGUCAUACAAGUAGAUAAAAGUUGACAUGUGAUUGUCAUACCAGUAGAUAAAAGUUGACGUGUGAUUGUCAUACCAGUAGAUAAAAGUUGACAUGUGAUUGUUAUACCAGUAGAUAAAAGUUGACAUGUCAUUGUCAUACCAGUAGAUAAAAGUUGACAUGUCAUUGUCAUACCAGUAGACGGAAGUUGACAUGUCAUUGUCAUACCAGUAGACGGAAGUUGACAUGUGAUUGUCUUUGCAGUAGACAAAAUUAACAUGCUAUUGUCAUACCAGUAGACGGAAGUUGACAUGUGAUUGUCAUACCAGUAGACGGAAGUUGACAUGUGAUUGUCAUACCAGUAGACAGAAGUUGACAUGUGAUUGUCAUACCAGUAGAUAAAAAAUGACAUGUAAUUGUCAUACCAGUAGACGGAAGUUGACAUGUGAUUGUCAUACCAGUAGACGGAAGUUGACAUGUGAUUGUCAUACCAGUAGACGGAAGUUGACAUGUCAUUGUCAUACCAGUAGAUAAAAGUUGACAUGUGAUUGUCAUACCAGUAGACGGAAGUUGACAUGUGAUUGUCAUACCAGUAGAUAAAAAGUUGACAUGUGAUUGUCAUACCAGUAGAAAAAAAUUGACAUGUAAUUGUCAUACCAGUAGACGGAAGUUGACAUGUGAUUGUCAUACCAGUAGACGGAAGUUGACUUGUGAUUGUCAUACCAGUAGAUAAAAGUUGACAUGUGAUUGUCAUACCAGUAGACGGAAGUUGACUUGUGAUUGUCAUACCAGUAGACGGAAGUUGACAUGUGAUUGUCAUAGUAGUAGACAAAAAUUAACAUUUGAUUGGCAUACAAGUAGACGGAAGUUGACAUGUGAUUGUCAUACCAGUAGACGGAAGUUGACAUGUGAUUGUCAUACCAUUAGACAAAAGUUGACUUGUGAUUGUCAUACCAGUAGACGGAAGUUGACAUGCGAUUGUAAUACUAGUAGACGGAAGUUGACAUGUGAUUGUUAUACCAGUAGAUAAAAGUUGACAUGUGAUUGUCAUACCAUUAGACGGAAGUUGACAUGCGAUUGUAAUACUAGUAGACGGAAGUUGACAUGUGAUUGUUAUACCAGUAGAUAAAAGUUGACAUGUGAUUGUCAUACCAUUAGACGGAAGUUGACAUGCGAUUGUAAUACUAGUAGACGGAAGUUGACAUGUGAUUGUCAUAUCAGUAGACGGAAGUUGACAUGUGAUUGUCAUAGUAGUAGACAAAAAUUAACAUGUGAUUGUCAUACCAGUAGACGGAAGUUGACAUGUGAUUGUCAUACCAGUAGACGGAAGUUGACAUGUGAUUGUCAUACCAGUAGACGGAAGUUGACAUACGAUUGUAAUACUAGUAGACGGAAGUUGACAUGUGAUUGUCAUAGCAGUAGAUAAAAGUGGACAUGUGAUUGUUAGGAAUAAUUUAAAACUAUAAACGCCUCUAUGUAUGUAUGAAUGUAUGUGUGUUUUUAGCUUCACUUUAAGAUGUCCUUGAGAAGCCACUAGGUACAGUAAAUAUGAUUUUGCCCAUUGUUUGUAUAGACAUCGUGCUAUUCCGUAGUUAUCAAUAUCCUUUUACAGGUAGGUAGAUGUCUGUUUACUCACUUUGUUAAUAAUGAUCUUCAAUACAGUAACACAUCUCUUACCCAUUAGAGUAAUGGAGCCAUAACAAAGCAGCACUUUUUUUUUUCAUUUACAACUACCCUCAUCUCAAAAAAUUAUUCAAGUAGCUUAUUCUGCAGUAUCUACAAACCGUUAUCCUAUUCAUAACGGUUAACAUUUCUAUAAAUUUGACUUCGGGAUAGCAUUCUUCAGCGCGCGUACCACCAAUCGUGUAGCUUCCUGCGCACAACCCCAGUGAAGUGUGACGCCCGAUCCACCGUGACCAUAGUUGUGGACGAUCUAUCAAUACAAAACAAUGCACGUAAAAUAAAUUUCAAUCACAUGAAGACACGUAGUGACAGAAAAUUAAAAAUAAAUCAAUAAAAGACAAAUUUCUGUAAAAUAGCAAACAUAUCUCAUUUUUUAUCACAUAAAAGUUACGGUGUCUGUCAUCCCAGUGGAUGCAAAUGUAUUUCUUAUUUUUGGCGAAUUAUUAUCUAUUAGCCAUAUAUACGAUAAUGGACAUAAACAACAAAUUUCUUAGAAAAUAAAACUAAAAAUAAAGUAGGAAAUUUUAUUGAAAAACAGUAAAUUAAGCCCUGCCCUGAAAGAAGGGCAUAGACUUGUAUCUGCUGUCCCUAUUGCAUGAUUUGUAAGCGGGAAUGUAUGGAGGUUAGUAUAUUGGUCUAUUGGUACUUCACGUAAAAUUUCUAUGGUACGUUAUGAGUUAUUUGAUCAUAAUAAGAACUAUGUUUAGUAAUACAUACUGCAGCAUUUCCCUCUCUACCGGUAUGUUUCCUAUCCAGUUCCACUCUUAUUCUGGUCCUCUGUGGCCGCAAACCAACCCAUUCUUCAAGAACCUCGGCUUUCUGAAUAAAAUUGAAAAUCAAUCUCAAUCAAAGGCAAAAUCAGAAGCCAAUAAGACAGGAUGAAAUAAGAUCAUAAUGUUAUUUUGUUUUUGAUUUUUGUUUCUGAUUUUUUGUGGAUUUUUUUUUGUUUUUUUUUGUUUUUUUUUGGUUUUGUUUUUUGUUUUUGUUUUUUUACCUUCAAGCUGGGUAGAAGUUUACAACAACCAUUCCAUAUCAGAUCACGAUCAGCACUGUCCACUUGUGUGUUCCAGUCUCCUACUUGGCUUGUACCGCCUAAGACCACCUCACGUGCACUGCACAUUUAGACAGAUGUACAAUGUUUAAUAUUCGUGUCAGGGAUGGAUAUAGGUUUGCAAAAAAGAAUUAAAAAAAAAAAACCUUACAAGAAUUAAAUCUCAUAUGAAAUGAAAACAAAUGUAACAUCCUUUCUCUCACAGGUUUUAAAGUCAAACUAGGAGUGUUUUAAUCAAACGGCGACAGCCAUUUUUUGUACCAUUCACAAUUCUUGACGUCAUGUAAUUUUUCAUAUCAUGACGUCACAAUCAAUUUCUGACUGGCGCAGACAAGGGAAAACAUUCCAUAGUAUAUUACACUAGUGCCAUAUGUAAAAGUAUUACAGUGGAGAAAUCACUGGAACAGGCCGAUAAUGUGAAACAUGUAACAGAUUUACGGCAACAUAAGUAUUACCACCAGUUGGGUAAAGUAUCUUUAGUAAGGUUGAUAGUGUCUCAUGUCUGUACCCUAAACGUUUGACUUUCUGGGAAAAUAAUUGUUGGAUUUUGUAAAUACCGGUGAAUAAAUCAUAUUUUUGUAUCAAA